AUGAAACGAAAAGAACGUAGCUGGAUGUACGAAAGGAAGGUUGAGAAUUCUAUUAAUCCUGAGUUCUUGAAGGGGGUAGAUGAAUUCCUUAAAUAUGUGGAAGAUCAUCCCGAGAGUAACAACCCGAAUGAAGUUAGGUGUCCAUGUUUUAAAUGCAAAAAUAAACGUCUCUGGGAUCCAGAUACGGUCAAACUUCAUUUGUAUCGCAGCGGUUUUUUACCUAAUUACUACGAGUGGAUGUGUCAUGGGGAAGGGUUUCCAGGAACUCGUAGAAGGGAGUCAAAUGAAUAUCGUGAAAUGGUUUUGGAUGCCUUUAGUCAGUCUCAAGAUCAAGGCCAUUCCGAAGAGCCACCUGUUUCAUUAGAGGAGGAGCCUAAUGCACAAGCCAAGCCAUUUUUUGAUUUGUUAAGGGGUUCUGAACAACCGUUAUACGAAGGGAGUUCAUUGUCUGUGUUAGAGAUGGCUUCUAGAAUCACUAGCCUAAAGUGUGAGUAUAAUUUUCCGCACAGAUGUGUUGAUGGAUUUGCUUCUUUGGUUAAUGAAGCGAUUCCUAACAACAAUCACAUGGCCGAGACAUUCUAUGAGGUCAAGAAAAUUGUUAAGGGGUUAGAGCUGCCUCAUGAAAAGAUUCAUGCAUGCCUGAAAGGAUGUAUGUUGUUUUGGAAAGAUGAUGCUCAAUUAUCUAUAUGUAGGGUGUGUGGCAGCGACCGAUACAAGAAGACUUCUAAAGGUAGCUUAGUGCCUUUGAAUGUUCUAUUUUAUUUCCCUAUCACACCUAGGUUGCAAAGGCUUUUUGCAACUAAAAACGUUUCUGAGGAAAUGACAUGGCUUGCUAAAAAUCCUCGAGUUCAAGGCACAAUGGCACACCCUAGCGAUAGUGAAGCGUGGAAACACCUAGAUAGUUGCUUUCCUGAGUUUUCCUUUGAACCUCGUAAUGUUCGACUUGGCCUAUGUACGGAUGGAUUUGCUCCACAUGGUCAGUUUGGGGGACAAUAUUCAUGUUGGCCUGUCAUUUUGACCUCUUAUAACUUGCCUCCGUCAAUGUGUAUGAAAAGACAGUUCAUGUUUCUUUCGUUACUCGUUCCUGGUCCUAAAAACCCUAAGGGCAACUUGGAUGUUUACAUGCAGCCGCUCAUACACGAGUUGAAACAGUUGUGGGAAGUUGGGGCAAAUACUUACGAUAUUUUGAGAAAACAAAAUUUCAAUCUUCGAGCAGCCAUCCUAUGGACCGUUAGUGACUUCCCGGCUUAUGGUAUGUUAUCUGGUUGGACCACAGCCGGUAAGAAGGCUUGUCCAUAUUGCAUGGAGGAAAGCAAAGCAUUUUGGCUCGAAAAUGGUGGUAAGGUUUCUUUGCGUGACUGCCAUCGUCAAUUCCUUCCGACAAAUCAUCCUUUUCGAAAUAGUAAAAAUGCAUUUUGUAAAAACAAAGUCGCAAAAGGUUCACCACCUCACAUCAUGUCAGGAGAGGAACUUUGGGAAUGUGUGAAAAACCUCCCGAAAGCAACAGAUGGCCCCGAGGCACUGAAACGUCUCAAGAAUGCAAAAAAAGGGUGGUUCAAGCAAAGCACUCUAUGGGACCUUCCAUAUUGGAAACAUCUGCUUGUUCGUCACAACUUAGAUGUCAUGCACGUUGAAAAAAACUUUUUUGAUCAGUUGAUUCACACUAUAAUGGACGUGAAAAAGCUAUCUUGUGACACGCCAUCAGCUCGGAAUGACAUUGCUAAAUACUGUAAACGGCCCCAACUACAUCUUCAAGAGGAUGAUAGAGGAAAAGAAUUCAUGCCAAAGGCUCCAUUUGCUCUUGACAAGGCUCAGAGAAAGGUUUUGUGUGAGUGGGUCAAACAGAUGCGGUUUCCUGAUGGUUACGCUUCCAAUUUGAGCCGAUGCGUUGAUUUGCAAUCAGGUAAGUUACAUGGAAUGAAAAGUCAUGAUUGUCACGUGUUCAUGGAGAGGUUGUUUCCCACUGCUUUGAGAAAAUUUCUCCCUACCCAUAUAUGGAAUGCAAUUACAGAGAUAAGCCAAUUCUUUCGCGAUUUAUGUUGCUACACAAUUACAGUUAGAGACAUGGAGCGAUUGGAAAAAAACAUAGCUGAGAUCCUGUGCAAGCUUGAGAAGGUUUUCCCCCCAUCUUUCUUCAACUCCAUGGAGCAUUUACCAAUUCUUGCCAUAUGA